AUGGCUGCUUCCGCACUCUUGAAGAGCCGUGUGCGACGCCCUUCGUACUUGAAGAAGCUCGCCAAAGCUGAGGACCUCCUUCACCACUUCCCUCACAAUGCGUACAUCGGCUGGUCCGGAUUUACCGGUGUUGGUUACCCUAAGGUCCUCCCCGAAGCUCUUGCAGACCAUGUCGAGAAGAACAACCUCCAGGGACAGCUGAAGUAUAACCUGUUGGUCGGUGCUUCCUCCGGCGCUGAUACUGAGAACCGCUGGGCGCGGUUGAACAUGAUUGAGCGUCGCAGCCCUCAUCAAGUCGGAAAGGAAAUCGCCAAGGGGAUCAACAAUGGCCAGAUCAAGUUCUUCGAUAAACAUCUGAGCAUGUUCCCCUCCGACUUGGUCUACGGCUGGUACACUCUGAACAAACCAACCCCUAACAUCGAUGUCGCCGUCAUUGAAGCUUCCGCCAUCACCGAGAAUGGUGGCAUUAUCCCCGGUGCCUCCGUGGGUGCCUCUCCCGAGUUGAUCCAAAUGGCCGACAAGAUUAUUAUCGAAGUCAACACCUCCAUGCCCUCCUUCGAGGGUUUGCAUGACAUCACCGGCUCCGAUCUGCCCCCCGGACGCAAGCCCUACCUCGUCAUGAGCCCUGAGGACCGCAUCGGAACAAGCUACAUCCCCGUUGACCCCGAGAAGGUUGUCGCCAUCGUCGAGUCCACCUCCCCGGACAUCACCCUGCCCAACGCCCCCGAAGACGAGGGCUCGCAGGCGAUCGCCUCGAACCUGAUCGAGUUCCUCAAGCACGAGGUGAAGCACGGCCGUCUCCCGCCCAACCUUCUCCCCAUCCAGUCCGGCAUCGGCAACAUCGCCAACGCCGUCGUCGGAGGCCUCAGCAAGGGCGGCGCCGACUUCAAGAACCUGAAGGUCUGGACCGAAGUCCUGCAGGAUUCCUUCCUGGAUCUCUUCGACAGCGGCAACCUGGACUUCGCCACCGCAACCUCCAUCCGCUUCUCGCCGGACGGCUUCAAGCGCUUCUACGACAACUGGGAGCGCUACGCCGGCAAGCUCCUCCUGCGCUCGCAGCAAGUCUCCAACUCCCCUGAGAUCAUCCGUCGUCUCGGCUGCAUCGGCAUGAACACCCCCGUGGAAGUGGACAUCUACGCUCACGCCAACAGCACCUGCGUCAUGGGUUCGCGCAUGCUCAACGGUCUCGGCGGUUCUGCCGAUUUCCUCCGCAACGCCAAGUACAGUAUCAUGCACACUCCCAGUGCCCGGCCCACCAAGACCGAUCCCACCGGUGUCUCUUGCAUCGUGCCCUUCGCCACGCACAUCGAUCAGACCGAGCACGAUCUCGAUGUCGUCGUUACUGAGCAGGGUCUUGCUGAUGUUCGUGGACUGUCGCCGCGUGAGCGUGCCCGUGUUAUCAUCAAGAACUGCUCGCACCCCGAUUACACCCCUAUCUUGACUGAUUAUCUCGAUCGGGCUGAGUUCGAGUGUCUGAAGAAGGGUAUGGGCCACGAGCCUCACAUGCUGUUCCAGGCCUUCAACAUGCACAAGAACCUCCAGGAGAAGGGUACCAUGAAGAUUGACUCUUGGGAGUAA